AUGGCCAAGGACGCAGCACUCUCACAUGAUCUUUACUCACCGGCUUGGCGCGCUUACCCAACGCUCCAUAACAAGAAGGAUAUCGAGACACAUUGGCCUAUGAUAGGAACCAAGGAUGACAUUCCAACAUGGCUCCAAGACAACGACUUCAUCAUCAGUGGACACCCAAUGCCGACUUAUUCGUACAAGAAGUCCUUUCGACUUUGGCGUUGCCUUCAUAUGGAAACGAUGAAUAUCUGGACCCAUCUUCUUGGGAGCACUGCAUUUAUUGUGCUCAACCUGACCACCGGCGACAAAUUCGCCUUCGGUGUUUCCUUAAGCGCAGCAGCUCUCUGCUUUGGACUCAGUACAACGUUCCAUACACCCCGAAGUCAUUCCUACAAUAUUCACCAUUCCUGGGGCCGCUUCGACAUCUUCGGCAUCUGCCUUUUGGCUCUGGGUGGAGGAGUUUCAGCCACCUAUUAUGCCGCUCGCUGUGACCCAGUAGAUCAACGCUUAUAUUGGUGUCUUAGUGGGGGCGCCGCUAUCGCUGCUGCUGCUGUGCUGUUUGACUCUGGCGGCGGCGGAAACAAGAUGAGAACGCUGCGUGGCGGUACCUUUGGUGCGCUCGCUCUUGCGGCACUGCUUCCAAUAUUCCAUGGCACCGGCAAGCUUGGAUGGAGUCAUGCGUGUUUUGAGAUAGGUGCUCAAUGGUAUCUUGCCGAAGGACUGGUCCUUUUUGUUGGCGUCUCAUGUUUCGUCGGUAGGUUUCCAGAGAGACUGAGCCCGGGCUCGUUCGACAUCUGGGGCCACUCUCACCAGUUACAUCAUGUUUGCGCUGUAGUUGGCCAAGCUUUCCACAUAGCCGCUCUUGUCGCCGGCUACAGGUUCCGUAACGCGCAUCCAACUUGUUGA